AUGGCCUCACGAUAUAUUCCGCUAUGGAAUGGGAAUCGUGAAGAAUCGUCCUCGGCUACAGGGCCAGGCUGGCGUCUCCCCAAACGCUGGCUCUCCGUCCUGCUCGGGAUAUUUGGGAUCCUGGCCACCCUGAGUCUUCUUUCUCGUGAUGGCGAUCAGACACCACGCCCGCAGGCCACCCAGCAACAAGACUCUACGCUCCCUGCCACAUCAACUCUCCCUUACCUUCUGGGCCCGCACGAAGACGGGACAAAGCUAUGGUUCCCUCCUCCACCCCAGCCCGGGACCGAAACUCCCUUCCAACCUGCCGUUGCACCAUAUAAUCUCCCGCCAGCCAUCUCCCAGCGACCUCGCACGCCCCUGUUUAUAGCGUUCACCCGCAACACCGCCAUGCUGGAGCAAACAGUUCUCAGCUACAUUGCGGCAGGCUGGCCUCGCGAGGACAUCAUCGUGGUGGACAACAGCGGCACAAUGGACGCGAACUCCUUGGGCCUCUUGACCCCCAAGAAUGCAUUCUUUCUAGACUACGUACUGUUGCGCCGACGGUAUGGCGUCUCGAUCCUGCAGACGCCGACGCUCCUGUCCUUUGCGCAGCUCAUGAACUUUUACCUGCGCGUCAGCAUGGCGCACGGGUGGCGCUACUUCUUCUGGUCGCACAUGGAUGUCGCCGUGCUGAGCGACGAGGACGCCAAGCCCUACAAAUCCUUCUACGCCCGCGUGCUCGAGAUCCUCGGGACAGAUCUCCACGUCUCCGCCUUACACGACGAUAUCCCUGGCAACGGCGACGAGUGGGCCCUCAAGUACUUCACCUACGACUGGCUGACGCUCGUCAAUGUCGCCGCCUGGCGCAAGAUCGGCGCGUGGGACCCCUUCGUCCCUUACUACGCGACCGACUGCGACGCGUAUUCCCGCGUGGCACUGAACGGGCUGACCAAGGAUGAUGUGCGCGCGGGGCGCAUUUUCGAUCUGCCGGACGCCAUCCAGGAUGUCGAGCACAAGUUUUUUCCUCCUGCCGAUGGCGCGGAGCAGCCCGGAUCGCAGCGCUAUCGUGCCUUGGUCGCCGAGCUUGAGGCCUUGGAGCGACAAAAGCCCGAGACUCAUCGGAAUAGCUGGCAGGGAGUCAGUGAUGGUGGUAAGGGCGAGCCGUGGACGUACGACCCCCGGGGAUUUCAGAAGAUGUGGUGGGCCAUGGCGGAGAAGGGGCGAGAUAUGUACAGGUUGAAGUGGGGCACGCAGGAAUGCAGGCUGGACGAGCACGGCGUGGAACUGCGAGAUGCAUGGAAGGAGGACAGUAACGAGUAA